AUGAGCUCGACUACAGCUUGGUACAAUAGUUUUUUGAACAAUACUGUGCUACCGCCAACGAAUCAACGGCUAAACUUGUCGAAGCCAACCGGCUAUGCGUUUUCAGUUGCUACGAUCGACUUCAAAGAGGUAGGACAAAUAUUUUUUUGGCUUUCUUGACCAUCAUAGUCUGUUUGUUCUUAUUCUAUUAACAGUUUUGGCAAAAAGCCAUUUUAACUCACAAAAAUGUUAUGUUAUAAUACAUACUAGCCUAACACAACAUUGCGAAAUCCUUCCACCUGUUUCCUUAUUAGUAAAUAGCUAAAAAAAGUAAUACGUAUUCUUUUUCACAAAAAAAAUACUCAUACUAUUUCAAGUUACAAUUACCAAUUACCGGUAAUUAGCUUUUCAAAAGUACAUUAAUGUAAUUAGUGUACAUACCUUUAUGAAUAACAUAUUAAAAAGGGUUAUUUCAAAGCAAACAUAAUAACAAUCUAACAGCUUCCGUUAAACUGUUUUUAAAGUAAAGCAGACUAAAUUAGACCAAUUGCGUGCAAAACAUCACAUUUUUUAACAUUACACUUGGUUGAUGUUACACAUGCCAAUAAAUAACUGUAAAUAAUUUGAUUUUUGUUGCAGACGGUCAAAUCUUUUUGAACACUUAGUGAAAAUACCUAGAAAUAUAACAAAAAUAAGAAAAAUCACUUACCAAAGCAGCAACUAAAGUUACAUCCAAAAUGAUUUCAGCUGCCUCAUGAAAGUGCCUUUGACAUCAGUAUUUUCUUCUUCGAUCCCGUAACCAAAGCAUUUUUCGGAAAUCAAUACAUCAGCGAAGUCAAAAAAGGUACAGGAACCGACAAUCUUCAUUUCCAUGAAUCUACGUUCUUCUCCGGCUCACAACAACCUGAUAAAGUUGUGUUGGUGAUCGAGCUGGUGAAGAGAGAAAGAAAAGCUUUGGUUUACGGAUUUACUGUUGUGCCAUUGUUAUCGAAAUCAUAUGCUUUGACUGAUUUUUCGGCUUCUAACUCCAGGAACUUCCCUUGGAGGCGGUAAGUUUACAAAUCUUCGUUCGACGGAUUUUUGUUCAGACAUUUCGUCAAACUUUAUUGGAAAAGUAGACGGAGUGCCACAAACUUUAUUGGCCGGACAAGAAUUUGUUUUUGGUGUUUUACAUUACUGUUAUUGUAUUUUUGUCGUAUUUUUAAAGAGUUUCAUGUUGUUAUUAUUUGCAAAAGUACACAUGAAAGUCUUGAAUUUCAUUCAUAUUGUUUUAGAUACCAAUUUUUCAAAGGAUCAUGCAAAAUCUUGUUGAAUUGCGACGGACCAUUGGAAGAAAACCCAAACCUUGUCAAGCUGAACACCUUUCUAAACUGUGUAGUCCAAACUCAUCAACAGCUGAACGAUCAUCUUCAGUUUCUCCCGGAUUAUUAUAUUGUUGGGCCGAAACAGAAGAUUCCUGGCUUUGUUUCUGCUUCUGAAGGCCUUCAGCUGGCUAAUCCGCAGAUCCUGGAGAUGUAUACGGCUGUACUGGAUAAUGUUGAAGUGGGUUUUAUCAGAUAUAAACGGAUUACCUGGGAUUAAAAAUAAGAUUGAAAAUGGUAUAAUUCUAUAAGGAAUCUUAAUUUAUUGGCAUGUGUAAUAUAAAAAUUCAAUUUUAAAAAUGAUACUGUAGUAAAGGUACGUACUUUGUGGCCUAAAAUGAAAGAUUAUAGAUUUUGUAUACUGCUGCACAUAUUGAAGAACAGAUUCUGGAGCUUCUGAACAAAGAACGAUGCUUCAACAUGAACAAGUCACCUUCAGAUGCCACUGUGAAACCAUUGAGUGUUACCGACAGACGGUGUAGAAUUGGUGUUCACAAUAGCAUUACUUUUGUAGAAGAGCCUUUGAAAUUUGAUUUGUCAAGUGGGCAUGGUGCUUUAACUGGAAGACAGCCAAAAGGGUGUAGAAAUGCUUCGUAAGUUCAUCUGAUGGCUAGUGUAAUAUGGGAAAUCGUUCAUAUCUCUUGGAUAUGGUAUUAUAUUGGUUUUUAUAGUAUUGUAUCUUCUAAAACAGACCAUCCGCUUUAGAUUAAGUUUAAUUUCACUAGUCUCUUUUAGACAUGUAAGCAGUUAUUACUUAAACAACACGGUGAAGCUGUCAAAACUCUUUGAAGACGAUAAAUGCGCUUUGAUUUUCAUGUUUGAGUAUCAAGUUGGAGUCCGACGAGCAAAUAACAUUAGCACGGAUACUCAAUGGCUUCUAAUAUGUUGGAAUGCAUGGUGUCCAUACAGUAAUGGCGCCUUUAAACAGGCAGAUACGAUCACAUUGCCUUUGGUUGGAGGUGCGCGGCCAAAUCCAUUGGAUGUUUUGUGUUUUAAACAUUUGUCGAAGUUGAAGAAGGAUAAUGUUCUGGGGGCGGAGAACGCUCAGAUCAGGAUUAGGUUCAACUAUGGCAUGGUUGGGGUGAGUUAUGAAGGGAUAAGUUGAUUUAUCUUUGAUUUUUUGGCAAAAUUGGCUAUAUUUUAUGGAAAAAAAAUAUUUUUAAUAGGAUUUAAAAGGAAAAUGAAUAAGACUCUUUUGUCAAACGCUCGUAAAUAUAUUGUUAUACAUUUUUACUACAAUAUUUUUCAGGAUUCAUCUCACUUCUCACCGCUACCAAGCCGUUUAUCAACUCCGAAGCCAGUUCCACGACGUUUAAAACAAGAAACUGUUGUUAUACAGGAUUCUGAAGAUGAACUGCCAUUGAAAAGUCUAGAAAGAAGGUCGACGUCAACUUCUGCGACUUCAAAAACAUCUCCAAUGAUCAGUAGGAAGCAAGCAGAGAAAGUAGUUGAAGCUGAAGUUGAAUAUGAAGGUCGUGCUGAAUCUCCAGAAGUCAUUCUGAAGCCGGCUUCUGUUAGCAGACGAAAAGAUGUUUUGUUGGAGGCUGAGGACUUUUCUGAAUAUACUAUUGCAUCUCCAGGGAGUCCUAGGUAAGGGUUUUUUAUAAAUUUGAGUUUUGAAAAAAUUAAAUUUUAUUUUUUUGGGGAUACUGUAACAAUAAUUUUUUGAGGUUACUGUAACAAAAACAAGGUUAAUUUUCUAGAACAUCAUUGAUGUCACGCGGAGCUAGAGCAUAUUUUACAAAAACGUCAAUACCUCAGAUUCUGGAUCGGCACGGUAAGGCGCUACGGCAUGUUGACAUAGGUAAUCUACCUGACCACAAUUUGAACUUGGAAUACAAUACAAGAUUGGAUACUCAUGAGAUUGUGUUACAGUUUAUUGGGGUUACAUUGUAAGUUAUUUUUUAUCAUGAUGUGAGUUUUACCUAGCGUCAAAGAAAUUCAUGUACCUAGUGUAUUAGUAUGUUAUAGUAGGUUUAGUUUACUACUAUUAUACGUUAAAUUAAUGUAAAAUACGGUGAUGCUAAAGAUUUUUGGUUAAAAUAUUACAGGGUAACAAAUGACGUUUACAAACAUCCAACAGGAAAUUUGAAAUGCUUUUUCACAUUUCAAUUCUACAGAUUCAAUCAAAUUGGCACUGAGAUGUAAGUUAUCAUUUUUUGGUCGAUUUUCAGUAAAAGAACUAAAAGUGAAUAAAAAAUUAAAGUCAUGGCUUUAGGCAACAAAUAAUUGUAUUUUCAAUGAAUUUUUUUUAAAAAUUUUUUUAAAAUAUUUUUUAGGUUAUCAGCAAUACCAGGUAUCGACUUCAAGAAAGGAGAUCCGUUGAUAUUGAAGAGAAUUGAUGAAAAUGGAGCUUCUAUUGGUGACACUGAUGGUCUAAUGGUAUGAAUGGCUUUGUAAAGGACUGAAAUGACUUUUUUUUUAUUUUGACAUUACACGUUUUGUCAUUUUAUAAUUUUUAGCUAAAAACCAAAAAAAAAGUUUUUAAUUUUCAAGCUUUAGGCUUAUAAAAAGUUGAUUUUUAUAAUUUUAGUUAAUAAAUUUCUUAUCUUUAGAUGAGAUUUGUGAUUGAUAGAUACUCUACCAUAAAUUCACAUGAUUUUGCAAACUUUUUGGCAAAAGGAAACUUGUUCAUCGACGUCUGGGAUGCGGAGUCCUUGAUGCAUAUGGGUACAUGUACGGUGCCAUUGAAGGUAAUUUUUAUGGUUUGAGCAGUAACUUGAAUAUAUGAGUUGUUAAUGUAAUUUCGGUUGGUUUCAUUUUUGUACGGUUUAAAGAAGCUUAGUUCUAGGGGUUAGAAACGCUGUAACUUUGAAGUUUUUGGUCUUUUUAAGGCAAAAAUGUCAUUGUUAUUGAAUUUUUGAUACUACGGUUAUGUCAAAAUAAGAAAACGUUUUUUCAAAUUUAAAAACAAGUAAAAAAGGCUCUGACAGUACGAAUACGUCUAGCGCACAUGGUUAAUAUGCGGACAAAAGUCUCGAUCACAGCCGAGCGGAACCGAACCCGCGUCUCGAAGGCGUGUUAGUCCGAGCGCACUCCCACUGAACUAUAAAAACACGGGUGCUUUCUUGAUUUAUUUACGCUUUUAGGCUUUGUUGAGGAAUGGAACGGAUGGAGUUCAAGCGGACAUUCAAGCCAGUGCGAUUCAAAGUGGUUUUCCAUUAAGUGAGCCUACUGUAACAUCAGUUUUGUUCUUGAGAAUGGCUAAUGUUGGACAUCCGACGUUGAAUCAGUUUGGUAAGGGUUGUAAAGAAAGUUAUUGCGGUUUUGCUAAAACUUUAAGAGAAAUAAACUAAUUUUUCAAUUUUAUUUGUGAUUUAUACGUAUUUUACAUCAAAUAUUGCAGAUAUAUUGAACAGUCACAACAAAUCGGUCGUAUCUUCAUUCAGAUUGCCACGGCUGACUAUGUCAACAUCAGAUAGCCGAUUCAAAGCAAAACCAUUGGAAUCUAUUCAUGAAUCUGCCUUACAAAGGCUUUUUGUUGCGCAGAAGUAUGAUUUUUUUUUAAAUUUUGAAAAUUGAUCAAAAAGUCUAUGGCAAUUGGUUUCUUCAUCAAAUUUUAUGUUAUUUUAGGCGUUUUUUGUUAAUAUCGAUCAAAAAAAGUUGAUUUUUGUUUUGUUUUUUACUUUGUUUCACCGUAUGACAUUCGUUGUUAAGUUCUAAAGUAAUGUACGCUUCCAGAAUUGACAUAAAACAACGAGAACAAGACAUAUUUGGAGACCAAAACCUAUAUCUUCUCGAAAACUGGGAGAAGCUAAAGCAAAAAACUGAACUCAAGUCCAAUGUCAAGAUGAAAAAGUUUAUUUUCAAAGAAGAAUUAGAAGCAUACAAGCGAUUAAGAAGUGAAAACAAGGCCAUGAAGUUGUUAAAGACUAUAUUCGACGCUAUUACACAUCGAAAAACGGUAUUUUUGAAGAAAGGGGAGGUUCAUUUCUUCGAAUUUCGACUAAAAAACACGUUCGCUCAACAUAUUGAUGUUGUUAUUGAUUUAAACUCGAGUAAAUUACAAGUGGUGACCAACCAUGAUGAGUUGAAGUAUGUUGAACAAAGAUUGGGGAUGAAGUUUGAAAAAGAUUUGGUCAAGGGUAUUGAUGGUGAAUAUCACCUUUAUUUGAAGUCGAUGGAAACUCUGGCGAUUCCUUUUAAGGUGGAUUGUUUCGAGCUGAAUGAGAUGGAGAAUAAUCAGGCUUUUGAGGUUAAGGUAAAGGAUUUUGGGCGUUAUGGAGUCUUAUUUGAUGUUUUUGGAAUAAAAUACUUUUAUAUAGUUAUCUAAACUACUAUAAUAUCUUUUUCUUUUAAUUUUUUGAAAAAUUCAGUUUUAGUUAUAUAUAUUGUUAUAGGCAAUCUUCAAGAGCUCCGAAAAUGGUGAACCAAUAUCAAUAUUGGAGUUGAAUUGUCACAAGUUUAACACAAUUACCAGUCAAUCAUUCAGAUGGUUUUUGGAGGAAAAUCAAAAGUUUGCCAGGGUUGUUAGGCUUUCAAGUAAGAUAUUAUGAUAACAAGCUUAAUUUAAAUUUUUUAAUUGAAAAGUUUAAACUUUAUGAAUUUUUGAGCUGUUUUAGCUGUUUUUCAAAGAAUUUUUAGCAUUUUUUAAAGAUUUUUAUUUAUUUUACUGAUCCUAAACUAUUUUUAAAAAUUUUAUAAAACAAUCUCAUUUCAGCCCAAACCAGAAUUCAAUCCUUGCGAUGUACAGACCCAAACGUGCUAUGCCUACUUCGAAACAAUCCGACUUCAGGCCAAGAGAUUGUGUUAUCAGGCUUCUCCAGUGAUUCUCCAUUUUGUUUGGAGUUUCAAAUUUACCUUUUCAAAGACGUCUUUCACUCCGAAUUGGCAUUAACAUUGUCAAUCACGGCACAUUCGUUAAAACGCCUGAAUGUUCAGACGAUUCAAGGGCAGGCUUCAAGGAUUCCAAUGUGUUUUGGGUAAGGUUUUGAUUGGUUUUUGAUGUUUUAGAGGAAUGGGACUUCGGUAUGGAUGUUUUUAGUAUAAUAUUGUUGAAUUUGCUUUUUGAUACUCUUGGUAAAUGGGUACAAAAGAGUUUUUGAUAUUAUUGGUACUGGAAGAUUAUUUUUUAAUUUUUAAAUUUUCAUAAUAAUGUUUUAAGUUCUUUAGAAAUGACAUAGAGCUAACGAAUACCAUGGUAAAGCUCUUUUCAUCUUCGAAAUGCCUUACAAUUCAACCGACCGACAACAUAUUCAUCGAUGAGAUGAUAGCCAAGAAUAUGAAGGCUGUGGUACGACCUAACUUUCAAGGUAUGGGCUUGUAGUACUUAAAAUUUUUAUGUUAUUAUUGUAUGAUCUUGUAGUACUUAAACAUUUUUGUUUUACUUUGUAUGGCCUUAUAAUACUUAAAAAAUUCGUUUUACUAUGGUAUUACCUUGUAAUACUUACAUAUUUCAUUUUAUAAUACUAUGGUAUGACGUUCUAGUGCUUAAAUUUUCAUUUUAUCUAUAAUAUGACAGAGUAACGUAAAAUUUCAGAACGAAAAGCGAUUAUCGUGACGGCUGUGGAUGCGAAUCUUCGAAAACUCCUCACCGGCUGGCUGUUCUACGUGUUUGUCACCAAACCGAACAUUGUAAAAACUUUUAGAGUUGAAAUUCCGCUAAAUGCAAGGGAGAGGAUUAGCAAGGUAGGAUAUUAUCAUGAAUAAUAUCGAUAAUUAAAAGAUGAUGUCAUUUACAGAUUUACGUUAUGUUAAAGGUGGUUAAUGUAAAUUAAGAUGAUAUCUCAUAGACUAAACUUUAAAAAGGAGUAUAUACAACUAUUAAAAGACUUUUUAAAUUUAAAAAGGAUCGUCUAAAAUUAAAAAAAUGAAGUUUUUAGUAGUUAUGACCUGUUUUUCAGAGAAUACCAGUCGACAAUCGAUACCCAAGCACGAAAACCUUUAGGGUAUGUAGUUCAAAUGACAAGAUCUUGACAAUAGAACAAGAUACGAUUGAAAUUGAAGGCGAUUCAUCAAAGAACAUCAACGUUUUCUUUAAUCCAGCUGCUUCCAAUCGACCUUUCACUGUUAAUGUAAGUGUUUUGGCUGUUUUUUCAAUUUUUCUAUAUGAAAACUGAGUUUUUAUGUUAGUUUAUAUGUUUAGAACUUAAAGCUUUAUUUGGUUUGAUGUUUUAUUUGGUAAUUACAUUGUAAAUUUGUUUUAAAAAAUUAUUUUGAAGCUUAUCUCCAGUAAGACUUGUGUUAAUGUAUAAUAUAAAGCAACUUUCAGGAACUGUUUUACGUUGAAAAUGCUCAAAAUGGAAGUCAAGAAGAAGCAUACUCUCUAGAGAUUAUUUAUCAGUAA